AUGUAUCGAAAUCGAAAUACGAUAGAUCCUGCUCCGAAACAAUCGUCUAUAGCGAAUAUUUCAUCAUAUAUACCCUUAAUGGCUACACCUACAAGUGAUGAUAUUCAUUCUUCAACAAAAUUAUUGGCAAAUACUACGAGUGAAAUUCAAAAUCUUAUGAAUUCAUCAAAAACGAAUACAAAUCGUGAUUCGAAACGCGGUCGAACAAUAUAUCAACCAAAAGGAACGACAGCGUAUACAGUAGGCAGCAAUGAUACAUUAGAAAAGAUUGCUCUUCAUUUUAAUUUAAUACCGUCCGAAUUACUUCAACUCAAUAAGUUGAAUUCACGGAUUGUCUUUCCUGGUCAAACAAUCUAUGUACCUGAAGCAUCCUUUUCGAGCAUAGAUAAUAAACAACAAGUAUCUGCUGCAAUUACAAUUAAAUCUCCAUCAUCGACACUAAAAGCUAAAGAUGAUGAUGCAUUUGUUCUUAAUGAUCGUCGUUUAUCAAGUGAAUCUUCUCCUUCAGUUUCUCAACAAGAUAUUGGUCAUGUAGUUUGGUCGAUGACACGGCAACCAACAGCAAAGCCUGGCCAUGUUCAACGAUUAAAAAGUGAACCAAGUUCAGAAUGUGAGGCAUCAUCACGAACUAUUGAAGAUCGUUUAAAAACUGUUCAACAAGAUAAUCAUAAACAAGUUAGACAAAUAAAAAAAUCUUUAUCUAUAGAAGAAAAUCAACAAUUAGAUGACGAAUGUUUACAACGUUUUAUUAAACUUAAUGUUCGAUUAAUGACAGAAGAUCAUAAAAAUGUGGCUGGUACAUUACUGGUUACACCAAAUGCUGUCAUGUUUGAUCCUGAUGUCCUUGAUCAAUUAGUUAAAGAAUAUGGUAUCGAUAAAUAUGGACUAAUAAUUCGGAUGGAUUUGCUUGCUGGCAUUGCCUUAUAUGAAGAUAUCGCAAUGUAUGAACAUGAAGCGACACUAAGGGAAGAGGAAAAACGAAAGAUGUGCCAUUCAACAAGUAUAAAAGGUCUUGAACAAGCUGCAACUUUAGUGUCAAAUAAUGAUGAAGACGAUAUACAUGAUAUAAUGUCAUUAUUAUUAGAUAAAAUUGAAAAAGAACUAGAAGAUGCGCCAACAGAUCCUUCUCGUGUGUUAUUUGAUAUAUCGUCUAUUUCGUCUCGUCGCAAAUCAUCAGAAAAACAAAUUUUAAAAAAUGAAGAUUUAUUUCAAUCAUCCGAUGAUCAUCAGCAUUCCAUAGGAAUCUUAGUUGAUAUAGACGAUAUCCCAUUACAUACAUGUCAUUUGGAAAAUUGUAUCCCUGCUGAUCAAUAUAACAAACGCUUCGGUGAAAUUGAUAAAUUAUUACAACAACAACAUGAUAUGCAUGUAACACCACAUGCAAUUGAAAAUCCAUAUUAUUUAUGCAUAAAAACAAGUAUACUUCUAAAAGAUAAUUUAUCAAUCCAAGACAAGAAUGAUAGGACAAGUAUUGAUUAUGUUUAUGGAAAAAAAGAACUUGAACAUGAAUAUUGGUUUUCUGUACCAAAAGAAAAAAUUGAUCAUCUCUAUGCAUUUUUUCUUCGUUGGAGUCCUGAACGUGCUAUAUGCUCGUUAUCCGACGAUAGUCAUUCCGAUAAUAAUAUUUCAUUAAAUCAAGCUAAUCGCUAUUCAUCUCGUACACAAUCGAAACAAAAUGUAAUUUCGUCUGCUCAAGGUUUUGUUUUAUUGGCAAAUGAUGAUCCUGAAUUAACAGAUGAUUAUUUAUUAUCUAAUGACAAAAACAAGAAUACAUCAAAUAGUCAAACAACAAUAACAUCACAUGAUCGUAGUACACAAUCAAGAAAACAACAUUAUUUAAAACGACAAAAUACAUUACUUAAAGAAUGGGAGAUUAUUAGUGUCGAUGAAAUUUAUCGACGUAUCAAUGCAACACAAACAAAUAAUGCAAAUUCAUCUAAUUUUGGUAUUCCACCACCAAAACUUCUUCAACCAUCAACACUCAUCGAUGAAGAAAAAUCUAAAUCAAUUUUGCUUGAAUUACCACCACGUGUUCAUGGUCUUAAUUGGCAAAUACUAUUUAGUACAGAGGCAAAUGGAUUUAGUUUAAACCAAUUGUACCGUCGAUCGAUGCAAGUGGAUGUUGAUAAUCCAUCAUUACUUAUUGUAAAAGAUAUUGAACAAAAUAUAUUCGGUGCUUACGUUUCACAACAAUUAAUGAUUAGUGAAGGUUUUUAUGGUACUGGAGAAACAUUUCUCUUCACUUUUCAUCCACAAUUUCGUGUGUUUCAUUGGACUGGUAAUAAUCAAUUUUUCAUCAAAGGUGACGUCAAAGCUCUUGGUUUGGGAAGUGGAGAAGGUACUUAUGGUUUAUGGCUUGAUGCUGAUUUAUAUCAUGGCCGAACAUGCCCAAGUAAAACAUUUAAUAAUACAAGAUUAUCAUCAAAAGAAGAUUUUAUUAUUGCAAGCAUUGAGCUUUGGACAUUUAUUGAUUAG